AUGAACACACCAGUGAGGGAGGGCGAGACGAUCGAGGGCCAGCGGGCGGCCAAGAUCAGAUCUCACCACUAUCCGCCGACCAGCGUGUUUUUGGCAGUCGAGAUGGCCUCCGAGGCUACACUCCACGAUCCCUCCUCGAGCCCCUCCCUCAAGCGCCCCCGCGACGCGGACGAUCCCCUCAUCCCGGUGGAAGAGCCGCGAUCGCCCCCGCAGUCGCCAAAGAACGGCGGCGGCUCCACCGCUGGCGCCGCUGGUGCACCCGCACCGCUGCAGUCGCAGGACGAGAUCAUCAAGGAGGGGGUGCGACAGUUUGGGCACCGCUGGCGCCGCAUCUCGUCCCUCCCUCAGCUGCACGGCCGCUCCGACGACGCCGUCCGGAACCGCUGGUCGCGGCUCGCAAAGGGGAGCGAGGAGGGCGCGGAGGAGCGCACCUCGGCGUCGGACCGCACCUCAGCGCCAGAGGGGGGCAGCCAGACGGGCGGCGAGGGCGGGGUGGGGCUCGGCCUGCUCGUCGUCGCCAACCUCUGCCGCUCGCUCGCCACGGACGGGGGCGGCGCGAGCUCGGAUGAGCCGUGGGAGCAGCACGCGCCGCUCGUGAACCUGAGAAGGGCGCUUUCCGCGGGCAGCGCCGCAGAAGGCAGCGGCGGCGAUGCCGGCGUGUGAAUUAGCAGCUGCGCCGAAACUCUCUCUGUACUCUGACUCUGUCUCUGUCUGCGUCUCGACCCGUCUGCUGAGUCUGAUGUGUUUGCCCCCCGAUCACUUAGCGAGAUGCAAUUUUGGAGCUCGGCCCUGUCCUCUCCUCUGUAGUGGUGUCUCCGGCUCACAUAUAAUUUAUCAUGGAUCACACAUAUAAAAU